AUUUGAAUCACCAGCAGGCCUUUGUACUGUACGGAUUGUUUUGAGUUGAGUUGGACAAGGAACACGAAGUAAAGCUAAGCGGUCCCUUUUUAAAAAAAAUAAUUUUUAUUUAAGCGCAACUUCUCCGAUAAGCCUAUUCGCCAUGGAAAUUCACGCUUUGCGCAAUGCGAACAACCCUGUUUUUAUUGGUGGCAAAGGCGGGCCUGUGAACGGUGCAGCGAGGAGGCCCGUGUUUGGAGAACUGUCCAACUUUACCCACAAACCAGUUCAGACCAAGAAGGUCCAACCUGUGGCGCCUGUAACACGGACUGCCCAGCCAGCUGUUGUGCAAGCCAAACGUGCCCAGGUGCAGCACGAGAUGCCCCCGACUGCCCCAGCGCUGCCCCCUGCUCAAGCUGACGUGAGCAUGAAGGAAGAGGAACUGUGCCAAGCCUUUUCCAACACACUCUUUCCAGUCGAAGACAUCGAUGAAGGGGAUGCUGACAUGCCUCAGCUGUGUCCUGAAUAUGUGAAGGACAUCUAUGCCUAUCUGCAAAGCCUUGAGAGUCAGCAGUCGGUUCGUCCCCGUUAUAUGCGUGGCUAUGAUAUCAAUGGAAGGAUGCGUGCACUCCUGGUUGACUGGCUGAUUCAGGUGCACUCAAGAUUUCAGCUCCUGCAGGAAACCUUGUACAUGACCAUAGCCAUCCUUGAUCGCUUUCUCCAGGUCCAGCCUGUGACCCGUAAGAAGCUCCAGCUAGUGGGUGUUACUGCAAUGCUGAUUGCUUGUAAAUACGAGGAGAUGUAUGUGCCGAUGGUUGGGGACUUUGCCUACAUCGCUGAUGAUGCCUUCACAAAAGCCCAGAUCCGAGAGAUGGAGAUGUUGAUUCUCAGUGAGCUGAACUUUGAGCUCGGACGUCCUCUGCCCCUGCACUUUCUGCGGAGGGCUUCAAAGGCUGGGAAUGCGGAUGCUGAGAAGCAUACACUUGCAAAAUAUUUCCUUGAACUGACACUACUUGACUAUGACAUGGUCCACUUUAACCCUUCGGAGACUGCAGCUGCUGCUUUGUGCCUGUCUCAACUUGUACUUGAUGGCCAAAAAUGGUCACCAACCCAGCAACACUACUCUUCCUAUGAUGAGGCCCACCUGAAGCCUGUCAUGCAGCAUAUUGCCAAAAAUGUGGUUAUGGUCAAUGAAGGGCUCUCAAAGCAUGUGACUGUGAAAAAGAAAUACUCCAGCAGUAGGCUCAUGAAGAUCAGCCUUCUUCCCCAGUUGAAGUCAUCCCUUGUGAAGGAUCUGGCUGUUCCUCUGCUGUCCAGCUCUUGAGGACUUUUAUGUGGGAAUAGACACUAAAACCUGCACUUUAUUCUGUGUCGGCCAUUUUGAGAGCUGGACUGCUGCUUUUUAAACUGAUGUACAUAUUCUUGGAUUGUAUAAAUAAACGUUUCUACUUUUUAUUGAUUUUUAAA